AUGCCUUACCGCUUGCGAGUGUCGGCUGGUUCUGCUUACGACGCCGACAGCAGAAAGCCUGUGCCGGUCAACACCGACUCUCCCCUCGAGGUGUCCAGUCCAAAGUCCACCGCGCAGGUCUCUGUCCGCAUCCCAAACUACUCUGGCCUACCCGAGGGCUCUCCCAAGACGUGCGCCUACUUUGGUUAUCCUGAGCACAAAUACGACCAGUACUCUAUAUCUUUCAGUAUCAAAUUCGAUACGGACGUUUCAUUCGACGAUCUUCUCUUUGGCAACGAUUUCGAUCGCCCUAUCCGAGACCAUCUCCCCUACGGCUUCAGUUUUGCUUACAAGAUCUUCAACUACACCAUCGAUCCCUCAGCAACCGGUGAUGUCUAUGCCGACAAGCCGUAUCUUUUCGGGUAUGCCGUCAGCAGCAUGAAUGUGAUCUCCAACACCGCUCCCGGUGAUAGUCCGUUUCUGAAGGAAGACACCCUCUCUAUCGGUCCGGUGAAGAACACAGAAGUCGACCGUGACGAUCCUGACGAGAUGAUCCCGUCCUCUUCUGCUGACCGUAUGAAGUACUUCCUCGACGAAGAGCAUCGCAAGCGCUUUGUCUUCAAGGCCGGCGAAACUUAUUGGUUUGACUUUCACAAUCCAUACCUCGACAUGAACUCGGACGGCAAUGGCUUCGCUGUCAAACUUCCGGGCUACAACAUGUCCGUCAUGAAAUACUGGGACGGCCAGCCUUUACGAUACGUCUUGAAGUCAAAGUCAUCCGACUUUGUCUACCUUGCCAUCGUAUUCGAGCUUGACGAGGAGACUUAA